ACCGAGAACCCCUUGCCCUCGACUGCUUUAUAUAUGAGCCUCCGCCCCCUCUCACUCUCCACUCUGCACACUCUCUCUCUACCGCGAACACCUCCGACGAGCAGUCAUGCCCACCAUGGCAGCGGCUAGAAUGCCCCCAAUCGCAGCUUUGUUCUCUCUACUCCUCCCCGCCAUUCUGGCCGCCGGCAUGGAGAACCAUUCCUUAGUUGUCACGCCGCUUCAGCUUCCCCCAUCCCUACGCCCUGACGACGAUCUCCUUUCCUGGACAGACGGUGCGGAAACCCUAACCUCUCUUCGCAUCGAUCUCACCCACCGCGACUCCCUUUUCUUGGGCAACCACACGCCGGAGCAAGCUUUCCAGCUCCGCCUGGAACGCGACGCUGCUCGUGUAUCAAAGAUUGAGGAAACCCUAGUAUCGGCAGCGCCAAUCGGAUCGGCGCCUGUCACUGCGAAUCGCACGCACCGCGGACGGAGAAGUUUUAGCAGCGCAGUGGUUUCUGGUCUUGCUCAAGGCAGUGGCGAGUAUUUCACCCGGAUCGGGAUCGGAACCCCGCCUAGAUACGCCUACAUGGUUCUUGACACCGGUAGCGACGUUGUCUGGCUACAGUGCGCCCCAUGCCGACGAUGCUAUACUCAAUCCGACCCCAUCUUUAAUCCCCACCUCUCCAGCUCCUUCGCCGUCGUCCCCUGUGGCGCCGAUCUUUGCCACCGCCUUGAUGUCGCCGGAUGCGAUACUCGUCGUCUCUCGUGCCUCUACCAGGUCUCCUACGGCGACGGAUCUCUCACCACCGGCGAGUUUGCAACCGAAACCCUAACAUUCCGCGGCGGCGUUCGCGUAGCCCGCAUUGCGCUGGGCUGCGGCCACGACAACGAAGGUCUCUUCGUUGCCGCCGCAGGUCUCCUCGGCCUUGGCCGAGCCCUACACAAGCCGGACGGAGAUUCAAGUCGUUUCUCCUACUGCCUCGUUGAUCGGACAUCUUCAACCUCCGCCGCUGCUACCUCCCAGACAUCCUCCGUUGUCUUUGGUGACGCGGCGAUGCCGAGAGCGAAGCUGCCAUUAACGGCGUUCACGCCGAUGGUGCUGAAUCCUAAGAUGGACACGUUCUAUUACGUUGAGGUGACUGGUUUGAGUGUAGGGGGGACGAAGGUUGCCGGACUGACUGGAUCGGAGCUGCGCCUAGAUCCGGCGACCGGGAGAGGAGGGGUGAUCGUCGAUUCCGGCACAUCGGUAACACGGCUUACAAGAGUAGCCUACGCUGCUCUGCGAGACGCGUUCAAGGCUGGAUCGAUGGAAUCUGGUCUAAGAUUAUCUCCGGGAGGGUUUUCUCUGUUCGAUACAUGCUAUGAUCUCGCGGGGAAGACGGUGGUGAAGGUUCCGACGGUGGUGAUACACCUCGCCGGCGGCUCCGACAUCUCUCUGCCGGCGGAGAACUACUUGAUUCCGGUUGAUACGAAGGGGACGUUCUGCUUUGCUUUCGCCGGAACGGAUAGUGGGGUUUCCAUUAUCGGAAACAUUCAGCAGCAAGGGUUCCGGGUAGUGUUCGACGGUGCCGGUAGCCGUGUCGGUUUCGUUCCCCGUGGCUGCUAGUUUUGUGGCCGAUAUCCGUUACGUUUCGGGUGGAAUGAUACGGCCUUUGUUAAACUAUUUCUACUAUUUGCAGGUGGAGAAGAUAAGGGGCAAAAUGGGUAAAGUAGUCUUGUAUUGUCUCCUUUUUUUUUCUUGUUGUUCUUGUUGUUUAUUUGGAUUCCUGACUGUUUUGAUGCUAACUAAUGAGGGAAUGAUGCUAAACAAAAAGGUUUGAUUUACUGUUAAAAGUAAUGCAAUGAAAAAGUGGGAGGAUUUUCUGUUA